AUGGAACAAGAGAAAGUCGAGAUUGAGAGGGUGGAACACCUCCCCACCGAGCAACAACAUGCCUCCACCGAAAAGGGCCAGCCGCUGAUGCGGUCGGAACUCGAUGACCUUAGUGUCUGGGAGAGUCUGGGCCGGUACCGCUUCGUCACCAUGAUCGCAAUGGCCGCCGCGUUCAGUGCUUCGCUCGAUGGGUAUCAGAUCAACCUCAACGGCGGGGUGGUGUCCAACACCGGAUUUAUCCAGCAAAUGGCUAGUCCCGGAACGUCGAUCAUCGCGGGCAAGUAUAUCUCGGCAUGGGGUGGUAUUCAGUCUGCUGGCCAGACAAUCGGUCAAAUCCUUCUCCAGUACGUGACCGACGGAUACGGACGUAAGAUCGCCUUAUACAUCAUCUUCCUUACUUUUGUGAUUAGCGUGAUGAUCGAAUCGUUCGCGACGCACUGGGACCACUGGCUAGUGGCCAAGCUUUUCUCCGGCAUGGGGGUGGGGAUGCUGCAGUCGACCAUGCCUCUUUAUCUGUCCGAGAUUGCGCCGACCCAGUUGCGAGGGUUCCUCAUCAACGCAUAUAGCUUCUGGUUUGUCAUCGGGCAACUCUUCGCCUCGGUCGCCCUGAACCGCCUGCACUCUACUGAUCCCUAUGAUUUCCGAACGCCGAUCUACUCUCAGUGGGCGAUGGUCGGGGUUGCGGGCAUCAUCUUCGUGCUCCUCCCGGAGUCACCGUGGUGGCUGGUGGGGAAGGACCGGCCGGAGAAGGCGGCCCAAGUGCUGCGCCUCUGCUGCGGCCGCGUCCAGGGCUACAACGUGGACGAGCAGAUUGGCAUCAUGACCGCGACCAUCACGGAAGAACGGCGCCUCGCAGAACGCAACCGCAGCCAAGGGGCCUGGGCCGUGUUCCAGGGGCGCAACCUCCUCCGCUUCUUGAUCGCAGGCUGGCCCAAGAUCGUCCAGCAAUUCGUAGGGCUGUCCGUGUUCAACACCUACGCGACCUACUUCUUUCAAUAUGCCGGCAACGACGACCCCUUCCUCGUCACCCUAAUCCUCUCCUGCGUGCAGAUCAUCGCGAUGAUCGUCACCUGCGUGCUCACCGACCGGGUGGGCCGGCGGCCCCUGACCGUCUAUCCGUACGGGGUGACCGUCCUGUCCGUCCUAGCCCUAGGGAUCGUCGGCUGCUUUGACUACACGCAAUCGAGCCUGAGUUCUCUUCUCAUCUUCUUCGCCUGCCUCGCCACCUUCUCCACCACCGGCGCCUCGGCCAUCGGAUACGCCUACGCGGCCGAGAUCCCGUCGCAGCGCCUCCGCGCCCAAACCGCCGCCUGGUCCCUGGCGCUCUCCAAUCUGAUCGCCAUCAUGUUCAGCUUCUGCACGCCCCUGAUGAUCAAUGGGGUGUCCACGCACUGGGGGCCCAAGACGGGAUUCUUUUUCGCCGGCACCGGCGCCGUCGCCGUGGUGGUUGCGUGGUUUAUUCUUCCCGAGGUUACGCGUCGGACACCGGCGGAGAUUGAUGAGCUGUUCGAGAAAAGGGUCAAUCUGCGCAAGUUUGAUACGUAUUUGACGGAUGUGCAGAUCAAUGCGAGUGCGCAGGCGAAGGGGGAGGAAGGGGUUGCGUAG